AUGAAGCUCAUCCCGUAUCACGAGUCCCGCCCAUUGCGCUCGCUCGUCGCCGUCUUCGCCGCCUGGAAAGGCUUCCUGCUGGCCAUUGCCCUGGGAACGGCCCUCAGCCAGGACUAUGACACGUCGACGUCUCUCUUCUUCGAGCACGCGUACGGCUCAAGGGCCAACGCAUCGGCCCUGGCAACGAGGUUGACGCGGUGGGAUGCGCUGUACUUCAUGCAAGCCGCGCGCCAUGGCUAUGUGUACGAGCAGCAGUGGGCCUUUGGAGCCGCUCUUCCGCUUUCUGUGCGUGGCAUUUCGUGGCUGCUGAGGCCAUUGACGCAUCUGGCCGGUGAUGCGGCCCUCGAGCCUGUGGUGGCCAUUGUCUUUACAAACUCGGCUCAUCUGGCGGCCGUGCUGGCUCUACACCGGCUUACCCGUCUUCUAUUCGGGAACAAGACGCUGGCCUACGUGUCAGCAGUUCUGCAUAUCCUCUCUCCAGCCGGCCUCUUCCUGUCCGCUCCUUAUGCCGAGAGUCCGUUUGCCUGCCUGUCAUUCAUCGGCAACCUGCUUUUCGCAGUCGGGCUCCGGCCCAGCGCUACUGUUUGCAAGCGGAUGCUGGCCUUUGUCGGUGCAGGGGUUCUAUUUGGGCUGGCCACUUCGUUUAGGAGCAACGGCUUGCUCAAUGGGCUUCUUUUUGCCGUAGAAGCGACCAAGUGCUUGUCGAGCUUCUUGCGCCAGCCGAGUCUUUCGAGGCUUGCACUGCUCGCCUCCUUGAUCAUCGGCGGCCUUUUCAUUGCGGCUGGCAGUGUAGUCCCGCAAACGGUAGCUUGGUUUAGGUAUUGCCAUGUUGAUCCGGUCAACGGUAUGGAAGCACGGCCAUGGUGUUCUCAACUGAUUCCCAGCAUAUUCACUUUUGUCCAGGGCCACUACUGGAAUAAUGGCUUCUUGAAAUACUGGACCCCAAACCAGCUUCCCCUAUUCUUGUUAGCCAGUCCUGUUCUCACGCUUCUCAUCAGCUCAGGACUGCAAGUCAUUCGUAGCUUUGGCCAGAGCCUCGGUUGGGCCCCGCCAAUGGUUGAGGAGCCGUAUCGUACAUUUGUGCUCACACUCGCCGUGAUACAGGCGCUGGUGGCCGUCCUCGCCAUCACCAACUUCCACGUGCAGAUCAUUACUCGGCUGUCGUCCGGCUAUCCAGUGUGGUAUUGGUGGAUAGCCAACAGCCUCAGAAACGGCGAGACUCGCAAGACGGGAUCCAUGGUGGUCGUGUUCAUGGUGAUGUAUGCCGGCAUCCAGGGAGGCUUGUUUGCGUCGUUUCUACCUCCGGCAUGA